GAACUGGUGGGUCUGAUUGUGUUGAUGGCCUCUGUUGGAAAGAUCUGUUAUCAUACCAUGAUGGAUGGGAUUUCAGAAGUUGGAGAAUUAUCCUUGGAACCUUUGGUCAUGUGCAAAUUGUGCCUAUGUGAAUAUUCACUGGAUAAGAUGACAACUCUGCAAGACUGCAGCUGCAUCUUUUGUACCGCAUGCCUAAAACAGUACAUGCAGCUGGCGAUUCGUGAAGCAUGUGGCUCGCCCAUCACUUGUCCCGACAUGGUGUGCUUAAAUCGUGGGACUCUGCAAGAAACGGAGAUCUCCAGUUUGGUGCCUGUUGAUCAGUUUCAUUUAUAUCAGCGAUUGAAAUUUGAGAGAGAAGUCCACCUGGAUCCACUCAGGGCCUGGUGCCCCUCUGCUGACUGUCAAACUGUGUGCCAAAUUGAACCCAGUGAAUCUGGACUACCAGUGCCUGUAAACUGUCCAGCUUGCCAUUUGACGUUUUGUUCAUCAUGCAAAGAACCCUGGCAUCUGGAGAGAUCAUGUCUGGAAAGCCAUCUCAUUGUGGUACCAAAUGAACAAGGAUCACUUAUCAAGACUGACACAGAAGCACCAGUUAAGCAGUGCCCUGUCUGCCGGAUCUAUAUCGAGCGAAACGAAGGCUGUGCUCAAAUGAUGUGCAAGAACUGCAAGCAUACCUUUUGCUGGUACUGUCUACAAAACCUGGAUAAUGAUAUCUUCUUAAGACAUUAUGACAAGGGCCCAUGCCGAAACAAACUGGGCCACUCCCGUGCCUCGGUUAUGUGGAACAGAACACAGGUUGUUGGGAUUCUUGUGGGCCUUGGUAUCAUUGCCCUGGUGACAUCUCCCUUGCUGCUCUUAGCUUCGCCGUGCAUUAUCUGUUGUGUCUGCAAAUCCUGCCGAGGCAAGAAAAAACACACGACCCACUGA